AUGGUCAUUAUCGCUGCUCUACGCGCCGUCAAAUUCGUUCUGCUACUACCGGAGAAGUGGGAGCAUCCGUUAGAGGCCCCAACGUUCGCCAAGGUUCAUCGGCGCACUCGACGAACCCGACACUACAACUAUCAGCGCCCAACCAGCACACCGUUCCAUCGAUCAGAAUCAAGUGGUGCCUUCCGCGCGCAAACGUGCACGCCUCUUAGCACCGGUCAGAUAGCAGAAACUCGGAAGCUGAAAUGUCUGCCACCAUAUCGAUUCGUCGUGACUCGCAACAACCGGCUGUUGGGCACUUCGCGGUUACAGUUAGAGACAGCAACACGAACGAAGAAAUAUUGGCUGCCAUAUCGUAUCGACCCGAUCUGCAGAGAAGGAUUGGAGGAAGGAGGAGCCAAUAUCCAAGCUCCGCCUUCCACCACAGGUGCACCGAAAGCACCACGCGCUGCAGAUAUUCAAGACGCUGUACCACAUCUCGUCCAAUCGGCAAAUGAACGAGAAAUACGUGUCAAAGUACAAAUGAAGCCCGUCAAAAACGACACAUCUCGGGCUUCGAAAUCAACACAUGCUUCAGGACGUGAGGUUACGAUCAGCUCAACCGCGAUCACCAAAGACAUCGACGUCCUAAUACCUAGCCAGAACGGCAAGAAACUCUGUAUCCGAUUCUUAUCAGUACGCGGGUGCAAGCCCAAUGAGGUGACAUUCAGUUCUCGUUGUCGUCAGAACGACUCCUUUCAGAACCACACCAUUGCGCAGUCAACAAAUGGGAAAAGGCGUUACAUCAAUACGUCUCCAAUACCACAACCGGCCGCAACGCAGGCUUUGUCUGCCCACGUCGAUGGUAGUAUCAAGCGCCAGCUGCGUCCAGCCGUACGCACGCAGGUCCGCCAAUCGACAUCAACGAAAGGACGUAAAUUCAAACACCGGUGGCAAUACAUCGAUCCUCUGCCGGAUAAACAACCGGCUACCAUUUCAACUGAGUCAGUUUGGCCACCACCGCUAGCCAUCACCUCCAGCAAAAUCAUUCGUCAGUAUCUCGAAGAAGACUUGUUGCGAGCGGAGGUCGCAACAAGUCGUCGUUUACGUACGCUGGGUUUCCGACGAGUUCCAAUCGCGAAGAACACGAUUUAGUAGCACAAGCCGCGUUAUCAAGAAUCGCCGUAGAAAACAAUCUCGACGAAGCCAGUAUGGCCAAGCUUGUACGUGGAGAAACGCUUGCCGACCCCAGACCAAACAAGACGUUUAGAAUUAGCGAUGUCCGACAA